AUGGCAGCACCCACGCUCGUUGAAUUGCAGGCAUUAAACAUUUGUGAGGGAGACCCGCGGAGCUUGGGGCAUACAGGCCGCGGCUACCCUCCUGGGAAGCUGCCUGCCCACAUCCCGGUUGGCUUCAAGUGCGAAUGCCGCGCCCUGGCGUUUGUGCUGGCUCAUCUGACGACCACCAUGUCUGGCGUGGAGCUGGAGAGGCGAGUCAACGAGCUUGGCGACGGCGGGGGCGCCGACGGAGUGCCCGAGGGCUUCUGCGGUGGCGCGGGCAGCAGCCGCGGCCGCCGCUGCAGGACCGACAAGCGCCCGGCUCGCAACAGCUCAUCUUGCGCCGCCCGUGCCGCACCCCGCAAGGCGGUGUCAGUCAUCGUGGGCGGCAACUUUGCAAACCGCAUCCUGCUCGUCAUCCUGGACCUCCUGGGGUUCUGCAUCAUCGAGGGCCAGGACAGCAAGGCGGUGAAGCAGGUCGGUGACCAGGACUUUGACCACCCCGGCAACGCCGGGCUGCUGCUGUGCCAGCAGGCCGGCAGCCUGGUGGUCGGCAGCUGGCGGUGCACCGCUCGCGACGGCUUCAAGCGCUGCCGCUUCCUGCUCUGGCGCCCGCCGGGCCAGGCGCCGCUGCCACGGGACGAUAGCGGCCAGCUGCUGCAGCUCUACAUGCGACGGGAGGCGGGCGCCGAGCAGCAGAACCAGUCGGUUGCAGAGGUCACCCAGGCGUUCUGGGACAGGCGCUCGCCAUACUCCAAGCUGCCUGACAUCUGCAGCAAGUGCUUCUGCGAUGCAAAUGAGGACUCGGGGGCCGCAGCACAGAACGCAUCUAUCCUGUGUGACAGGCUGACCACCACGGACGAAGCCUGGCUCUGCCAGGCCUGCGCCGCCGGCGGCGCCGAGGCGGCGAUGGCUGCCGGCAUACCGUGCAUGACAGCCAUGCCCGCCCUCGUGCAAGCGCAUGCCGCCGCGGCAGCCGCCGCGCUGGCCAAUUUCGAUCGGGAGGCGGCGGAGGGGCAGCAGGGGCAAAGCCGUCAGCAGCCGGUGAGGCGGCAGCGCAGGCAGCGCCAGAAGGGGCGAAGCCGCCGGCAGCCGGUGGGGCAGCAGCGCAGGCAGCGGCAGCAGGAGACGGCAGCCGAGCAGCAGCAGGAGACGACGGCCGAGCGGCAGCAGGAGAUGGCGGCCGAGCGGCAGCUGCUGGCAGAGGCGGCCGAGCAGUGGCAGGCGCGGCUGCGGGCGCUGCUGCGGCAGGCGCAGACCGCGGCGCCUGCCGGCGGGCAGGAGCUGCGGGAGCAGCAGCAGCAGCAGGAGCAACCGCUGCAGCCGCAGGCGCAGCAGCAGGAGCAGCAGCAGCAGCAGCAGCAGGAGCAGCCUGGCGCAUCCCACCCAGCAUCUCCUGCCCAGCCCCAGCAGCCCCAGCAGCAGCACCAGCAGCACCAGCAGCACCAGCAGCGAGAGCAGCGUGCGCCGCCAUCCUUUGCCCACCCUGCUGCCGCUGCUGGCCCUGCUGCCCUGGGCCGCGGGCGGGACCCGCGCCUGCGAGUCUUGCAGGGUUUGGUGGCUGCGGCGAUGGGCGGGGCCGGGCGGGCCGGGCAGCAGCGGCCGCAGCCGGAGGCCCAGCAGGCGCAGCCCGUUCAGCCGGCGAUGGAGGCGCCGCAGGCGCAGCAGGCGCAGCAGCACUCGCAGCAGCGGGCGCAGCAGCCGGCACCGCAGGCGCAGCAGGCGCAGCAGCAGGCACAGCAGGCACAGCAGGAGGGGAGCACGCAGCUGGUGCAGCUGGCGGCAGGCGGCGAGGAGCCGCCGCGCCACGCCACGCCGCUGGCGCCAGCAGCGGGAGCCGCGGCGGCAGCUGGCGGCCCCUCUCAGCAGGCCACGGCUGAGCAGCCGGCAGCCGCGGGGCAGGCGCAGGGCGCGGCGGCUGCCUUCGAGCUGGCCGCCUCCGAGCCAGCGGCCGCUGCCGAUCCCGCCGUGCGGCCUGCCACCGAGCCAGCUGCGGUGCCGCCUGCUGAGCCAGCGGCAGAGGCAGGGCCAGAUGCAGCGGCGGAGCAGCGGGCGGACCAGGUGUAUGCGCUGCUGUGCGAGCUGCAGGGGCUGCUGGAGGCGGCGGGAGUGCCGCCCGCCGCCCGCCUGGACUUCUCCCAGCGCUUUGUGCCGCCCGGCGGCGGCGCCAGCGCUCGGGAGCUGAACCGGCGGCGCGUGCUGGCGCACAUGGUGCGGUGCGCCUGCGACUGUGCCGGCGCCGACGGCGGCGCCGCGCGGCUGCUGGACCUGCUGCACCGCCCGAUCUGA